AUGAGCCACCGCACCUCCUCCAGCUUCAGAGCCGAGAGAAGCUUCCACUCCUCCUCCUCCUCCUCGGCUUCCUCCUCCUCGGCCUCCGCCGCCCGCGCCCUCCCGGCCCAGGACCCGCCCAUGGAGAAGGCCCUGAGCAUGUUCUCCGAGGACUUCGGCAGCUUCAUGCGGCCCCGCUCGGAGCCCCUGACCUUCCCAGCCCGCACCGGGGGGCCGGGCAACAUCAAGACCCUCGGCGACGCCUAUGAGUUUGCGGUGGACGUGAGCGACUUCUCCCCCGAGGACAUCAUCGUCACCACGUCCAACAACCACAUCGAGGUGCGCGCCGAGAAGCUGGCAGCGGAUGGCACGGUCAUGAACACCUUCGCUCACAAAUGCCAGCUGCCGGAGGACGUGGACCCCACUUCCGUGACCUCAGCGCUGAGGGAGGACGGCAGCCUCACCAUCCGGGCGCGGCGACACCCGCACACAGAGCACGUCCAGCAGACCUUCCGGACGGAGAUCAAAAUCUGA